AUGGCCCAAGAUGUAGUUUCUGCAAUUCUUUCCAAAUGGUAUAUUUGGGGAAAAGAUGCAUUGAGCAAGGCCAAAGCCUUUGAUGAAAGUCAUCAGGUAAUAGCUAGUGCUGCAGCUAAGGUGGUAUCUUUGGGCCAUAAAAUAAGCAUCAAUGACAAACUUAGUGCUGGUGCACAAUGUAUCAAAUCUAUGGAAGAGAGAUAUCACGUUUCAGAGGAGACUAAAGCAUUGCUUUCAGCUGUAAAGCAAACAACUAGCAGUGCAUGGUCGGCUGUUGUAAAUAGAAAGUACUUUUCUACUGGAGCUUUGUGGUUUUCUGGAGUUAAAUCCAAAUGUUGUUGA